AUGCCGUUCAAGGACGCCGAUGUUGCCGCGGCUUCUAAGCGUACCCUGAUCUCUUGGAUGUCAUUAUCCUUGCAGGCGCUUCAGGCUUCUACUGACGUCAAGUUCUUCGCCUCGGCGUACCAUAACACGCCUGUCGAGAUGAAACGCCCAGAUCCUACCCAGCUAUUUGACAACUAUCGAUCACAACUUCAGCAGCUGCGCAAGGGAAACUUGAGCGCUUUCACUCAACACUUGACGAAAUCAUCCCCCAACUCCUGGACCUCUUUACCGAGGACUGGCCGCUCGUGCCCUACCACACCGACCUCCUCGAGGAUAAUGUCCACCUCCGAGAUCAUUUUGGGACCCGAUUCUACUACUAUUUGGGAGGGCGCAUCUGACGCGCAGAAGCGACGCAUGGAGGCUGCAAGACUGAUUGGCCUCUUCUUGGCCAAUGGCUUCCAGCAUGGCAUGCCGUCUACGGAGGAAAGUGAGGACUUGCGCUUUCUCGGUGCAGUCAUUUUCAAACACUGA